UUCGCGUUCCAUAAACUACAGCAGAGUCAGAGGAGCGCGAGCCUCCUGUGCUUUGUAUCCAGUUUGCUGUCGGUUCUGUCUUCUGACUGCAGGCUGAGCGCUGCGCGCGCUGCUGCGUUUCCAGAAGAGCAGGAUCACGAGAGACCAGGAGGACCGAACCCGAUAUACCGGCGUCAACUCAGAAGAUACACUAGCAGACUAGUUAACCGUUACUGUUGUAUGGAUAACAAGUAACUUCCUGUAGCCAAUGAACACCAAGCCAACUCAGUGAGAGCCAAAUAUCGCUGUACAGCGGUGAUACCGGAGCUUUUCUUCAAGAACGGACCCUGAGCUUGAAUGAGGGAUGAAUCGGUACCAGGACAGCGUGUAGAUGACAUUGUCAUCUUGGAAUAGUAGAGAUCUGCGCCAGUGCUCCCGUUAAUGCUGUCAGACGAACCCUGACACUUUAACAGAAGCGCCGUGGAGUUCACAAACUUAGAAACAUUGCUCUGUGGGUAGAUUAAAUUGGUAUGCGUUUGGAAUGUGUUAAUUCUCAUAGCUGUUCCCCAUGACUUGUCAAUUUUUGUUUUACUCUGCAAAUAACCAAAAAGAUUGUGUCCCCUCUGGUUGCUUUGAAAUCGUUUGAAAAACUGAGAGUUGAGUCAGAGCUGUUUCAUAGUCGUUCUAUAUGAGUGGUCAGUGUGCCUGACAGUGUGAGCUGCCAUCCUGUUCAUAUACUGUUCCCAUUAUUUUGUCCAGCAGCUGCAGCUCCACUGCAGCCUAUCUGUGCUCAGUGUGUGUAUCAGUGUGGGUUAUUCUCAGUGCUGCUAUGCAGACUGACUGGAGCCACACUCAGACAGCUUGACUGUAACCCUGAUUCUGAGGCAUAUGCCUGGACUGCUCUCACAGAAAGAAACCUUAACAGCCGAGGAAAAGUGUUCUGCAAGUCUCCAUCCAGAGGGACGGCUCAUGUGGAAUAGCAGAUGUUACACAGCUUUGUGUUCUGAUGUGGAUUAUUCAGGAUGCUGCUAUGCAGACAGAGUGGAGCCACAGAAAACCUGCUGGUAAAGUUAAAGUAACACACACAACUGUGCAGCUUCUGUCAGCGCAGUUGAACAGCUUGUGUUACACAGUUGGCAGCUGAAUGUUUGUCAGGAAGGUAGGGUUUUUUACAGGGUUUAGAUUUUGUAUUCUUGAACAAAACUCAUACUGCUUAGUUAUGUGUGCAUUUAAAGAUGGAAAGCUUGACAUAGACUGAGACCAAAACUUGUGUCAGUCCCCUCUGACUUUUUUACGGUAAUGAAGCAAAUGAUGAAAAUUUGAGUAAUUGAAACAUUUUAUUGGACAGUUUAGAAGGUUUUGCCGCUGAAAUACAGUUCAGAUGAAUUAACUUUUGUGUAGUUGAAAUUUGACUAAUUAAAAUUUAUUUCACUUUAGCUUGGUAGUUACACUAAUUGUUGGAAAAUGAAGAACCCUCAUCCACUGAAUAACACCUGGGAUAGAUCCAUUAAUAAAGACCCAGUACUGAUCACUGUGCCAGGCACUAAAAAGCGGUUCAAGAGGAAGUCCCGGGAGCCUAAAAGGCUUUUCAACAGCCCUGAGCCUGAGAGGAUGAAAGCUUACCUAGCAGACAUGUCUGAUAUGGACUUGGUAGAUGACAUACAGACUGAGGUAUGUAAUGUCAGCAGGUUGGCUCCACUACACAGACAGCUGAUGAUGUCACAGGAGGCAAUGGCGAGUACUACAGGAACUCUGUCAGGACUACCAGAAGACAGCAUGGCUCCAGCUCAGAGUGGUGCCAUAGACAUGAGAAUUGGCAUAAACAUGUCUGCCAUCACAUCUACACUGUCCCAGUUACCUGCCUCUCCAUUCCCUAAUCCAGAGAUCUCCCACUGGCCCACAGCCAUCUCCCAGCCUCUGUCCAACAGACUCAAACUGGGCCUCUGCUCUACUUUCCCUCUCUCAACAUCAACCACCGGCAGCCACAGUCACUCACCCAGCCACCAGGCCUUUUCUCUGGAGACCACUCUCUCAGGCCAAACUGCAGCUCUGCCUGUCCCCAGAGCCUCCCAGUGUCAUGAACACAUGGAGCCCCAGGUCCAGUCACCUAAGGUGAAGGAGUCUCCAAGGAAGCGGGUUGGAGCGAGUGAUGAUGGACCUGGGCGUCUUCCAGAGGUCAAAGCCAUCCAGCAGACCAGGAGGCUACUAGCCAACGCCAGAGAGAGGACCCGUGUCCACACCAUUAGUGCUGCAUUUGAGGCCCUGAGGAAGCAGGUGCCAUGUUACUCUUAUGGGCAGAAGCUUUCCAAGCUGGCAAUACUACGUAUAGCCUGCAACUACAUCCUGUCUCUGGCACAGUUGGCUGAGCUGGACUACAGUUCUGACCACAGCAGUCUCAGUUUCUCUCAGUGUGUCGAGCAGUGUACCAGGACCCUGCAGGCAGAGGGCAGGAGCAAAAAGAGGAAGGAGUGAAGCUGAUUGCAGUGGACUGGUCCAACACAUAAACCUCUGACAAAACCGUGAGGAUGCAAGACACUGGGAGGGCAAAUGAUGAGAUGAAGAUUAGAGAUAUGUUGAGGAAAUGGAUAAAGUGGACAGGAUGAUUCCUACAUUUUUUAUUGUGAAUUGCUCUCACCACAUUGUCAAGUGAACUAACAUAAAUACUUAUCUGGGAAGUUCUGUAUGCCAAGGCCCAUGAGCAACAACUGACUAAAACUGAGACUGGGACUAAAUGAUUCAGCACACAGAAUCCCUUAGCAAUGAUCUCAACUAUGCAUAAAGCUACACACAUUACAUUACAGUGUUUCAAUUCUAUAUUUUCCACUCUUGCCUUGUCAGUACCAUGUUUAAGUCUGUCCUUCCUGGCAAUAGUCAGCUUUAAGCUGGCAAAAUCAAGCAUGAAACUUGUCUGGCCACAGGUGUGUAAAAUGCUGUAGAACAAAUGUCAGUUUAAUGAGGAUAAAUAUUUCAGAAUCAGAAUCAGCUUUAUUGGCCAAGUAUGUGUACACAUGCAAGGAAUUUGACUCUGGUUUAAACAUUGCACUCAAUGUAGUACUUCCAUGGAGAAAAAGACAUGUCAAGACUGUUAAACUGCAGAUAUUCAGAAGAGUCACUGCAGUUCAAGCAGCUCAUUCAACUGUUAUAAAUAUACCUUAGUUUUUUUGGUCUUUUAUAUUUCAGAAAAUGAUAAUUAUAGUUAUUCAAAAUUCAAUUCAACUUUUUCAAAUAAAAAUAUGUAAAAAAUGAUUACACUGAUUUUUCAACAAUACUCGUACAUACUAUACAUUGUAUUUCUCUAUAUUAGCAUUGACAUUAAUGCCACAACAAACAGGAUGAACAAAAAUAUUAAAGGUGCACCACAGUGAUUUAGUUAGACUCUUGACUUGUGAGAAAAAGAAGAAAAGAAAUGCCAAAAACAAUCUUUACAAUAGAGGCUGAGAUAUCCUGCCUGACUUUGGCUUUGACCAAAGGUAUGUGGAUACUUUUCUCAAUAGAUCGUUUUCCCCUAUAUUUAAAAAAAAUCAGUCCACACAACCUUCUUUUUACAAUGGUGGCAAAAAAGUCAAUGAUACAUCAACUACCAGAAAAAAACAUUCUGAGCAUGCAUAGUAAGCUUAUUAAGCAUGGUGGUAGUAAUUUUAAAAAACACAAAUAAUUAUAGCUAAUCAUUUAAUUUUUUACAGAAAUUUGACAACUAUAUCUUCACCUUUAUUUACUAAACACCUUUCUGCCGUAUGGCCUAGCAAUGCUAACUAAAUGUAAACUAACCAGUUGUCUGCCAUUGCUGUUGCAACAAUAGGCAUGCACUAAUUGAGGUGAUGUCAUUGUUUCUAAAACACUUCAUUUUACAUGUAUGGAUACACAGAAAUGAGUCUUGGAAAUUCCACACUUCAGAAAGUGUUUUUAAAAAUCUACCUAAAAUGCUGUUUGAAUAUGACAGAGUCGCCAAAACGAAGGCUUGGAUUGGAUUUAAUACCAUUUUUGUGUAAGCCUAGUAAAGGUACUGCACAUUAUAUCAUGUUCACGUUAUAUCAUGCAAACAAUAAAAGCUAAUUAAUACAUCAUUACAUAACUAAUACAUUUAAGCAGUCCUUAUUUAUCCAACAGAACAAAAAAAAAAAAUAGUCCUCAUAUUCUUUGGUCCUUUGGAGAUUUGCUAGUUACAUAGGGCCACUUGUCAUUAACUUCACAGGUCUUGUGGGAAGAAAGAAAUAAUUAAUGAGGAUACGUUAUGCCAGGUCUAUGUAAAGUAUGCACGAUUUUGGAAAGGUGUGAGUGUCUUCUGUUAUAGAGUUGGUUUUGAGUACAGUGAAAUACCAGUGAACAAUCCACUGAAAACUGUGUUUCUGGACCAAGGAUACUUUCCAUUGGGCCCCAGCAUUUACCUCAGCACUGAUAUUUGGAAAGCAUGCUGUGUCUACUGAUAAACUGUUUGAGUCUUUGCUGUUUGUGCCUGUGAAUAUUCUCAUUCAUCCAGGUCAUUGUAAGCUUUAGGGCAUUCAAUCAUUCGCAACUGGACCUCGUCAGUUUGUCUUAGAAGACGUUUCGCCUCUCAUCCGAGCAGGCUUCAU